GAAACAGAGCACACGCCCAGUUGCGCUUUGCCCCAUUUCCCAUUCUUGCCUUUUCCCUCUUCCAUUCUGGUUCCCUCUUUUCGAGAUUCCCUCUUUUCGCGUCAUCUCUCUCUCUCUCUCUCUUCCUUGGCCAUCAUCAUCGUUCGGUCAUUGGGUUUUACUGCAUUUGGCUCUGCUGGGCUGGAUUGAGCUUUGAUCCUUCCAUGUCCGGCACCCCUCCUCCGCCUAUUUAGUCGCCGACCCAUUUCGCAUCGCGGGCUCCCUUCCCUCCUCUUCUUGCUUCGGCGCCUACGAUUCUCUUGUGUCGCGUGCGUGCGUUGAUCGGGGGGUAGGAAAGAUGGUGGCCGAUGGCAAGUCCAAGUCCGACAUCUCCUUGGCCGGAACUUUCGCCAGCAGCGCUUUCGCCGCUUGUUUCGCCGAGAUCUGCACUAUUCCUUUGGAUACUGCUAAAGUUAGGCUUCAGCUUCAAAAGAAACCUGCUCCUGGUGAGGCCCUGGCCUUGCCCAAGUAUAGGGGCAUGCUUGGCACAGUUGCCACCAUUGCAAGGGAAGAAGGUCUGACUGCACUUUGGAAAGGCAUUGUGCCAGGGUUACAUCGUCAGUGUCUAUUUGGAGGCCUUAGAAUCGGGUUGUAUGAGCCGGUUAAGAGCUUCUAUGUGGGUAAAGACUUUGUCGGAGAUGUUCCAUUGUCCAAGAAAAUUCUUGCUGCACUCACAACUGGUGCCCUAGGAAUUGCAGUGGCAAACCCAACUGAUCUCGUGAAAGUUAGGCUUCAAUCUGAAGGAAAAUUGCCCCCUGGUGUGCCUAGACGCUACUCUGGAGCACUCAGCGCUUAUUCAACAAUUGUCAGACAGGAAGGUGUGGCCGCUCUUUGGACAGGAGUUGGACCGAAUAUAGCACGAAAUGCUAUAAUCAAUGCUGCUGAGCUAGCCAGCUAUGAUCAAAUCAAGCAGAGUAUUUUGAAAAUUCCGGGAUUCUCAGACAAUGUUUUCACUCAUCUCCUUUCUGGUCUCGGGGCAGGAUUUUUUGCCGUCUGCAUUGGCUCUCCAGUUGAUGUGGUCAAGUCUAGAAUGAUGGGAGAUCCUACUUACAAAAGCACCCUUGAUUGCUUCGCAAAGACACUGAGAAACGAUGGUCCUUUAGCAUUCUAUAAGGGCUUCAUUCCAAAUUUCGGAAGGCUGGGAUCUUGGAAUGUGAUCAUGUUCCUAACGUUAGAGCAGGCUAAGAAAUUUGUCAAAAAUCUACAAUCUUCUUGAGCUCCGAGGAUCACCUGCCAGCUCUCACAAUAAUUUGCUGAUUACAUAGGAAUUCUGUUGUCCAGGAAAGCUGAUCUCAAAAUAAUAAAGUCCCAAUUGGUCAUUACUAUUACGAUUUCGCUCAUUGUUAAAGAGGAACCAAGCAAAAACGAACAGCUAGGUGGUCAUUGCAACUAAAAAUUUUUGCUGGUUGCUGUCUUUUCUUGCUCUGUUCUUUCACCAGUUGACCAUCAUCACAUGACUGUUCUCUUGGUUAAUUGCCAGAGUGAGAUCAAACUUACUGAGCCAAUGAAUUGAAAAUCAUGCUCAUUUCUGUGGUA